GUUUUUACGACCAAGUGAACUGCACUUUGCUCUUGAACACACACGUCGUAAGGUUGUGGACUCUGUGAUACUAUGUUGGUGUUCCUAUAAACAAAAAGUAAAUACAAUUUCAAAUUGUUCAACGAUACCAAACUUGAGCAUUACAACGCGUAAUCGUUGUAAGGAUCCAGAUUGGGGGAUAGCUGCCUUACGCAACCAUAUACCUCCUUUGGUAAUACUUUGUGGAAAUCCUUGAUUGAACGUUGAAUACCUUUACUACGUUACAAGAUGGGAGGCGAACAAUCUUCCCUAAGUAAAGUAUGGUCUGCUGUGAGCUGGUGGCUACCUGGAUGGGAAGAUGACCUGGAAAAAGAUAAAAUUGGUUUAACAUCACGUCAAAGAAAAUCUGUUGUUCAAAUGUGGACAGAAGUUAAUAAGAAUAAAAUUUACAUCGGAUGUCAAAUAUUUGUAAAGCUAUUUAUUAAAUAUCCAGAGACGAGGCAAAUGUUUCCCUCUCUUCGUAAAUUAACUUUCGAUGAGACCUUCGCAAAAAGUCCAAAAUUACGUGCACAUUCGGGACGAUUUAUGGGAUUGCUGUCAACGUGUAUUGAGAACAUUAAUGAGCCCGAAAUGUUCGAACAGCUCUUAAUCGGUCUAGCUACAUCUCACCAUCGAUUUAAGGUUAAAACAACCGACUUCCAGGCUCUUGGUCCAUUAAUUGAUGAUGCGUUUGAGGAGUCUCUUGGUGGAGAAUUUUCAAAAGAAAGAAGAAUAGCCUGGAACAUAUUUGCCGAGUACAUGUUUAAUAUAAUAAAUACUGAACUACUAGCAAUCGAGAGCCAACACGAGGAAAUGUGAUAUACAGUUUAUAUUAUGUGUUUGAGUAUCGAGGUAGGUUUAUACCGACCACGUGCUCCAUGGAGAAACCGUAUUAAACAUUAAAUAUAUUGUAGGCAUUCACGGCUGUCUAGUUACUGUGUAGUUGUAGGCCUAUGGAUCGUCUUACUAAGUAUAUUUUAUAUGAUGUGGGAGGCCUAGUAUAAAUAUGUAUAUUUCAACCAACUAUGUUUCAUAUCAUGUUUUAAUUUGCUUGAUACUGGUUGGCGUGUGGGCCCAGAUACUACCGGCAAACCAACGACGAUUAAUUAUUUUAAAGAAUCAUAUAUUUAAUCGAUGAAUUUUAGAGGUUAGAGAUUAAAGCUAUACCACCAGGGGACCUUAAUGAUUUUAAUAAUGUUUGAAAUUCCUGCCUAUAUACAACACUGAUAAUAAAUAAUAAUAAUAAAAUUUAAUGAUAUACUCAAACUUUUGUCUUUUGUACUUGCCUGCUACCGUCACAGUGGACUCCAAAAAUAUGCCGACAGGUCUGUCCAACAUUUCCCUUGACCCGGCGCCGCCGCCACUGGCUUAAGUACCUGUGUUUUUGCUCAUUUCAAGCAUUUUCUUGACCCCUAUUGUGAUAAACCUGUUUCAUUUUAGAAUUUCCUACUGCUGUACUUUUAAAGCAUUUUUCCUGAGUGCGAAUUAUGACAGUUCUACUCACGAACUUGCUGCAGUACUGUUUCUUUGCCCAUUUUAAGUAUUUUUCAUCUGAUUAAUAGCCUAUUCACAAACAUGUUUGUCUUUUGUUAUUCACUGCUACAGUACCGUACCAUUUCUCAUAAUUUUUGCUCGUUUUAAGCAUUUUUUACUCUAAUUGAUAGCCUACUCACAAACAUGUUUGUCUUUUGUUAUUUUCUGCGGCAGUACGGUACCGUUCCUUAUAUUUUUGCUCCUUUUAAGCAUUUUUUUACUCUAAUUGAUAGCCUAUUCACAAACUUGUUUGUGUUUUGUAAUUCUCUGCUGUAGUACAUCUUUUUUUUUUUUGCUUAUUUUAAGUAUUUUCUUGACUCAUAAAUUCAUGUGCUGACUAUCAACUAUCUCAGAAACAACCUUUUGUUUGAUUUAAAUUAUUUCCACAGAUCUUCAUUCAAGCUUCAUUUUACAUGUUAGUUUCAUCUUCAAUUUUACCAUUACUUAAUUGAUACUCCAAUGUAACUUUACUUAAUUCCUACAUUUUAAUACAAAGUUUUACAUUAUUAAUGAUUUGAAUUUUUUUGACAAAUGAUCUAUAUUUUAUCUUUAUUGUUGAUAAUUGUGAUAUUUUUAAUAUCUAGGGGAACCACUCGAUAGUUGGUUUAGUUCGCUUUUUUGGUUUUCCUCUCUUGUUGUUUCUCAUUGCGUCUGUUUGUUCUUCCUUUUUGAAUAUUUUUGAGAGAAAUAAAUGAAAUGAAAUUAA